AUGAAAUAACUAAAAAUUAAUAAUCAGUUCGUCACAUAAAAGAAGAUAUCGUAAGGGUCUUUUGGAAUAGUAAUGUAAGGAAUAGAUUAGAAAAAUGGAAAUUAAGUGGCUAUAAAAAUAGAGAGACCAGAAAACGAACAUUUACAUUCUUUAGAUAAGGAAGUUGAAAUUUUAGAAAGAUUAUAGAAUAUUUAAGGAGUACCAUAAAUAUAUUAUUAUGGUUGGGAGGAUUAAUACAAUGUUAUUGUCAUGGAAUUAUUAUAAAAAGAUUUAUCUUCUAUUCUUAAGUAAAGGAAAAAAUUUAGUUUAAAAUCUAUAUUUUAACUAUCAAUAGAACUGGUAUUAAUAUUAGAAGAAAUACAUAAAUAAGGUGUAUUGCAUCGAGAUUUAAAACCAGAGAAUAUGAUGUUAGAUGAUAAAAAUACAGUGUAUUUAAUUGAUUUUGGGAUAAGUAAAAUAUAUAUUCGUAAAAAUGGGAUGUUAAUGUAUUAUUUAAAUUAUACAAAAAAAGUCCUUUUAAAGAUAGAUUACCUUUUGUUGGUACAUCAAGAUAUGCUUCAAUAUCAGCACAUAAAGGAUAUGAAUUAGGAAGAAAAGAUGAUUUAGAAUCAUUAAUUUAUGUUAUGUUAUAUUGUUUUAAAGGGUAAUAGCUUGUGAAUAGUAUUAGUUUAGGAAUUUACCAUGGCAAAACUUAAAACAUAUUCCUGAUGAUCAAAGAACUAAUAAAAUAGGAGAAAUGAAAGAAAAUAUUGAAGCUAAAGAAUUAUUUAAAGAUUUACCUAAUGAAUUUAUUAGAAUAUAUGAGUAAUCGUAUUAAAUUAAUCAUUUUUAGAUAUUUGAGAAAAUUAACCUAUGCAUCUGAACCAGAUUAUAAAACUAUUGUGAAAUUAUUAUAAUAAGCAGCAAAACAUAGUAAUAUUAUUAUAGAUCAUAAUUAUGAAUGGGAUAAUCAAUUAAAUAAUAAUGAUAAAAAUAUUAAUAGAUAUGGUACUUUAUAACCUGAAGAAUUACCAGCUAAAUAAUUUGAAAAGUUUUCUUCUAAUUUACUUAAUUGUAAUAAUUUAGUUGCUUAAACACCUUCAAAAUUUAAAUAAUUAUAACCUCCUAUAAAUAAAUAAGAAUCUUAUUAAAAUAGUAGUAAUAAUGGCAGUGGUAAUCAAAAUUUAAGUAUAUAUAAUUCUAUGAGAAUCAUUUAUGAAAGAUCAAUUGAUGAAAUUAGUGAAGAACUUUAAGAACCAAUUCCAGAAGAAUUAAAAAGUUAAAAGAAUAUAUAAUUACAGACAUUGCCAGAUACUUUAAAAAAACCAGGAAUUAUAUUUUAAACUACUUUAUUUGAUGAUGAUGAAUAAGUUAAAGAAGAUAACUUUUUAUAUGAUAAAUAUCGUAGUUUAAGUGCUUAAGUAACUACUAUUUUUUAAAAUCAUAAAAAAUGA